UGAUGGCUACUUUACGUUCAUUUCUUUUUUCAAAUGCUUUUAAGACCUCUAAUUGGUCCUAUUUAGUUUGUAGAGGCUUCCGAAACAGAUGCUUUGUAAAUUCUUUAAUCCCAUCUGCCAGUGGUAAAUCUUUCAGUCCUAUUCCUGAAAGUAUUUUGAAGUCGAAGAAUUUUAGUACGAGUAGGUCUCUACUGUCUGAUGAGGUAGAAAAGGCCAAAGGAGCAAGAAAGACAGCAGAGCCAACCAUAUUUUCAAAGAUAGUUGAUAAAUCGAUUCCAGCAGAUAUUAUCUAUGAGGAUGAACAGUGCCUGGCUUUCCGUGACGUUUCCCCGCAGGCUCCUGUACAUUUUUUGGUGAUUCCCAAGUCCCCCAUACCGGGCCUCAGUGAUGCCCAGGACACAGAUCUACAGCUAUUGGGACACCUUCUACUGACAGCAAAACGAGUAGCAGAGAGAGAGAACCUCUCCAAUGGAUACAGACUUGUGAUAAACAAUGGAGCUGACGGCGCCCAGUCUGUGUACCACCUCCAUGUCCACGUCCUGGGAGGGAGACAGAUGAGCUGGCCCCCGGGCUGAUGCCAGUAACAGGGGUCAAUAAACGCAAUUGUUUAUAUAUUAUGUAGUUUUCUUGUUAUUACACUGACUGUAGCAAUGAGUAUUAUAUCCUUUUACUUUUUUUAACUAUGUCCAAAAAAUCUCUCUGAAUGCGUGUGCAUUAUUCAGGCUAUUCAGAAUUAAUUUUUCUAGAAAUAAAUUCUGUUCAGAAACAAAUGCUAAACCUCACAGCCAAUGUUUAACUAUUAAAUUUUAAUUUGUUUUGCAUUUGACAGCACCAGUUUCACGAUA